AUGGAAUACGCUUGGGGCAUUGCUGCCAGCAAGACGCCGUUUCCGGCCGAGUUUGCCUCGGCGGCGAGGUCAAAGCCAAAGGCCACCUCCACGUCGCAGCCGCUGCCGCCGCCAGCAGCGCCAGACACGACCGAGUCGAACACGACCACAGCCGAGAAGUCAGUUGUUGCCCUCGCCCUUUCACCAACAAAGACCCAGUCAGUCAGCCCGCCGCUGCCGUCGUCGGGCUCCACAAGGUCGAGCCGUCUGCGGAUUCCUGGCCACUCCAGGCCACCACUCACCCAUACCAACAAGCAGGCACAGGCUCAGGCUCAGGCCGACCCGGCCAGCCGCACCAGCUCACGGUCCAGGUCCAAUUCCAGCUCCGGUUCCAGGUUCAGGAUCAGGUCCAGGUCCAGGGAUCAGGGCAGUGCCGCGGCAUUGAUGAGUCCCGACAGCUCGCGGUCGCCAGGCCUGCUCUCAUACGACUUCCUCUCGCGUGUCUCGUCACAUCCUGCCCCGUCCGCCCCGUCUGCACUGACACACGACGACCGGAGACGCCCCGCCAGUGCAACCAUUGCCAGCCACCUCCACCGCAGUCGCAGCCGCAGUGGUCGCAGCAGUAGCAGUGCUGCCACCACAACAGCAUCAAAUAAUACAAGUUAUACAGCCGGCGGCGGCAAGCCAGACCGAGACGCCGCCGCAGCAGCAGCCUACCACCAGAAGGGCCAGCAGAGACCCGCUUCCACCUCGGCGGCUGUUGGCAACAGUGCCACUGGCCUUGCUGCUACUGCUACUGCUAAUACUUCUACAACCCGCCAGGACAAGCAGCUACCCGCCCUCCCGACCGAGGCGUCUGUCUCGUCUCCUUCAUCGUCCCCUCGGCGGGCUCCAGAAAAGACCUGUGAUGCGAUUGACGGAUAUGAUGACAAUGACUCCACGUCCUAUCCGGGGCCAUUGAUGAGCCGUGCCUCCUCCACCCUGUCAAGCGGAGACGGAGCAUCCUACCGGGACUGGCAGGGGGACCACAACUCUGCCGCCUCGGCUACCGCUCCUCUCCUGUCAGCACCACCAACGCCAGGCCCAUCAUCGCAGCAUCGCAGACCCCCCUCCUUGAAGCCCAGCUCCACCGCGGUGUGCGACGCUUCCAAGAAAUCCAGGAGCCCCCUUUCCUUCUCCCGGAGCCGCGCACAACACCAGCUCUCAUCUCAACACCACCACCACCACCACUACCUCCACCACCACCACCCUCCAAACACCCCCGACAGUGGUAUCAGCCACAGAUCGGCGCACAACCACGAGCUGAGCCGCAAACCGCCAAGUACCCACUGGGCCAAUGCGGCUUCUUCUACCACCCCGACCUCGACCGACCCCCCUGCCCGCAAGCGUGACCGGAGACAGUCUAGUCAUGCCACCAUGGUCGGCACAGAGAGCAUCGUCUCCUCUACACGCACCGAAAGCGUGGCCGAGUCCCUCGGCGGCCGCACAAUAAUGUCCAGCGAGCCUCCCUACAGGGAGGGCGAUGGCUCCUCCACAAGGUCUCUCGCCCGGCCGAGACCGCCCUUCGUCACCAAGAGCAACGGCCGCACCUACCUCGCCGACCCGACCCUGCCCUACCCCCUCCCCGUCGACCUCCACGAGCUGCACCGCCAGUCCCUCCGCACCCUCCUCCUCUUCCAGCUCUUCGGCGGCCCGUUAUGCUCGCCCUUCUUCAACAACAAGCCGCCCACGCGCGUGCUGGACCUGGGCUGCGCCUAUGGCUUCUGGAGCAUGAUGUGCCACUCAUAUUACUCGCGCAAGGGCUUCCCCAACGUCCACUUCACCGGUCUCGACAUCGCCGCCCUGGGUGGGAUCGCCGGCAUGCCCCACGUAACGGGUCCCGCUGGGGGCCUCAAGGACCGCAUAUCCUCGACGUCGACGUCGUCCUCCUCCUCCGCAGGCCACUGGGCCGAGCAGCCACCCGACAAGAACAUGAGGUGGAAUUUCGUGCAGCAUGACGUGCGGGUGCUACCGCUCCCCUUUCCUGACGAGGAGUUCGACGUCAUCAUGUGCAAAGACAUGUCCAUGUCAAUACCUCUUGACCACUUCUCCUGCCUGAUCGACGACUUCAUGCGACUCCUGAAGCCCGGCGGCGUCGUCGAGAUUUGGGAGUGCGACCAUCCAAUCCGCAUGCUCCGCCCUCACGUGCCCGACAUGCCCGCCACAGGCCCCGGCGCCGCAAUGCCGGCGACACCGACUACAGAAGACCUCCCGCCCAAUUCGCCCUUCGCUCCGACCGACGCCAAGACUGGAGCCGAAAAUGCCAGCACCCCUACGACCCCCGCAACACCUGCCAACCCCCACGCCAGCAGCAAGAAGGCCGACUAUGAGAAGGAGGUUGCGGAGCUGGGCGCGUACGUGAUCAACAACAACACGCCGCUGUCGGGUCCGCAGAACAACUAUCUGAUCGAGUACAACGGGUGGGUGAGCAAGUAUAUGGACGCGCACAAGCUGCUGGCGUUCCCGUGCGCCAACGUCGGCGCGCUCUUCCUCCAGGAGCCGCUCCUGACAAACUACGGCUCCAAGCGCAUGGCCAUCCCACUGUCCGAGGUGCGCUGGGAGCGCGAGGGCGUGGGCGGCGUCGUCACAAAGGACGGCAAGAGCUACAUCGACACGAGCAAGGCCAUCGGCAAGGCGGCCGCCGCGGCAGCCGCCGUCAUGGGCAACGCGGUCGGCAGCGGUGCCGGUGGCAAGCGCGGGUCGAGCGCGGCAGGAGACGGCGGGGACGAGGGCAGCAAGAAGGGCAAGGCGCUCAGCGCCGGGCAGCUGGCGCUGCGGCAGACGGCGCUGCAGACGGUGGUGCAGAUGAUCGAGGGCCUGGAGCCGGCGCUGCGCGAGGUGAGCGGCAAGAAGCCCGACGAGUGGGACACGUGGAUGGGCAAGCUCAUGAAGGAGCUCCUGGAGCGGGACGGCGCCAGCUGCGGCGAGUGCCUCGAGGUGGGCGCGUGGUGGGCGCGCAAGAGGCAGGACCCUCCUCCGUCAUGA